CCCUGUUCGGUAUUUAGCACUUUUUUUUUGAUUCACGGUCGGCUUUCUGUCUUACUCACUUUUUCGCUCUCUCUCACUUUUGUUCGAUCAACAUGGAGGGUCCCAGUACAUUCAAUGUGACAAUGUAUGCUCUUCAAACUGUGUCCAAUGCGUACAUUUACUGCUACGAUCACUUGCGUCGAUCGAACAUUGUGCUUCCUCCUCCCGAGCGUGUGUUUGCUGUGGUCUCGCAAACUGCCCAGUACAUAUUGAACCAUUCCCCGGCCGUCUUACGUCAAGUGUACGCGGCCGCGGCGGCCAUUCCCAUUCAAGCCAACUUUAUUGGCAUGCUCGUUAUGCUGUUCGUCACCUAUGUGAUAUACUGUGUUCUCCUUUCCAUGUUUCGAAGUAUGUACCGCUUUUUCCUGGGAUUUCUUCGAUUCAGCUUCAUUGUCGGUGCCCUAGCAACUGUCGUCUAUCUCGCCCAAAUAUACCUUCUCCCCAAUUCCGAUCAAGAGCCAAGUUUCUACAGCAAUAUUAAGAAAAGAAAAGUCUAAAAAGAACAAAGCCAACCUUUUCCUCCGUCCUACUGGACACUACAACCCUCAUCCCACUAAGUCUAUCAUUGUUUCUAUAUAGUUAUCAUCAAUAACAAAUAAAGUGAUCCUUUUUUCGCCCUCUUGAAUACCGA